CACGUACAGAUACCCCCAAAAACGYCUUAAGUAGUACUUUAAAGUAUUUUUACUUAAGCACUUUACACCACUGACUAUGUUGUUGAUGAUGCUUGUCUCAACAGACCACAGUAUGAAGAUGUUUGACGAUUUUGAGAGUCAUAAGGCCCGGUCCAGCAGAGAUCUAGAUCUGUGGUCAGAGAUCUGCUGGAGCCUGCCUGAUGUGCAGGUGCAGGAGAAAGAUCAAGGCCGAGGAGAGGAUAAUGCUGCUCUGUUCAAAGAUUAAUUCCAACCUUCACAUGUUGGCAAUGACCUGCAAUCUAAUGGCACGUCUAUGAGUUUCUCCUCUCACAGCGUCUGGGAACCUAUGGAAGACUCGGAUGUCUACAUUGCUAGUUUAGAGAACCGUCUCAAGAGAAUAGAGGGCCAGUGUACUGAGGUGACGUCCAGGGAGAUGCUGCGCUCCCUAUCUCAGACCAAAACAGAAUGCUGGGAUAGAUUCUUGCACGACGCUCAGAGCUCGGAACUCUUUCAGGAGGACGAGCUAGAUCAGAGUACCCUGGAGCAUCUAAAGCGUUGGCUGGUACCUGAGAACGUGGCCAUCAGCGCUGAGGAGCUGGAGUGUCUCCUCCUACCGUCACUGAGCCGAGAGCAGACCUCUACGGACCAAUCACAGAGCGGACCAGAGGCAGCCACUCAGAACCCUGACGAGGACAAGAGUCCCAUACCUGAGAAAUAGCUACCUGUUCACUGCAGACAUUUUUAUACGUUAUCAUGUGUUAUUCCUGGACAGAAUCAUGAUUGGAUUUCCUGUACUGUCAUUUUUAGGUUAUGUGUAUUUGUCUUUAUUAUUGAGGAGAAAGAAUUCGGUGACAUAUCGUUGCAAAUAUUGGAACGGUCCAUUGUUUGUUAUGUUACUCCUAUCAAAUGUUGUUGAUUUUAUGAUAUGUUUCAAAUAAAAAGCAGUUAAUUGUUGGGGUAAUAUCCCGAAACCACA